AAAUCGCCAUCCACCUGCGUGGUGUGUGCGUGUUUAGUUCAGUGAAAUUAAUCCAACUCGAUUAACUUCCAUUUCUUGAUUGGUGGACCAAUCCAGUCAAUUUACGUUGAUCGUUUCCUAUCCUCCCUUCUCAUCAUGGCUCUUGAAACCGGGGCUUCCCCACCCGUUUUCGAGCAGAUCUUUCGAAAUGCCCGUUUCGCCCAGGGUGGAAACGCUCACUUCGAAGGAAAAGUCAGAGGAAACCCAACUCCCCAAGUGGUUUGGACCAGGAAAGGGCUGCAAAUGCAAAAUUCCAACAAGCAUCUCAUGCAAUAUGACGAGCGCAGUGGUGUGGUCACUCUCACCAUCAACGCGAUUGGACCCGGAGACGAAGGCGAGUACACCUGUACGGCCCUCAACCCCUAUGGAGAGGCCAUUUGUACCGUGUAUAUCUCACCCGAGGCUACCAAGCAGGUCAAGAAGAGUCGCUCCGGUCAAAAGCUCAGCAAAAGCAAUAGUAGCACCAGCAAGCAACAAAUGAUGUACCAACAGCAACAACAACUGUUUGAGCAACAACAGCAACAGCAACUCUACCAACAACAGAUGUAUCAACAACAGCAGCAGCAACAGCAGCAACAACAACAAAUCCAACGGCAACAACAGCAACAACAGCAAGUCCAAAUCCAACAACAACAGCAACAGCAACAAAUGUUCCAACAGCAAUCGACUCAAUCGAUGUCUUUCCACCAAGAGUCAAGCUCGGUUCAGCAAUCAUCGUCCUCCUCCUUCAACCAAUACCAACAACAGGAACGCUACCAACAGCAACAGAUGUCUUCACAGAAAUACGAGUCCAGUUUCAGUAGUAGCAACAUCAACAACAACAGCCAAGUCGCUGCGGUACAACAAAGGAGGCAACCCGAACCAGAAGUGGUGUACUUGAAGCACGUGGAACAAAAGUCCGAGUCCAAGAAAUCUGAGGAGCAUAUCGUAAAUUACGGCUCACCUUCGUUUGUCACUCCCAUCAAAGAUCUGCAGGUGUAUGAAGGAGAACGCGUCCAUUUUGAAGCCAAGAUCCUUCCCGCUGGGGAUCCAUCCCUCUCAGUGGAAUGGUACGCCAAUGGGAAGCCUAUUCCAGCCAGUUCCCGGGUGAACACUCUUUGCCAGUUUGGAUUCGUGGCCUUGGACAUGCUCAACUCUGUGGUGGGCGAUUCGGGCCAAUACACUUGCGAGAUCAAAAAUGCCAAUGGCUCUGUGCACACCAGUGCCAAACUCAUGGUGGUUCAACGCAAAGAAAUUGAGCCCCAAUACAAAGGAGUGGACACCAUUCAAAAGGUGGAGAUGACACCUCAAAGGAUGGCACCUCAAGAGCCACCUCCACAGCCGCCCCAAUUUGUGAAACAUCUUCAAAACCACGUGGAAUGCAACGAAAGCUCCAACAUCCACUUGGAGGCGCAAAUCAAUCCCGUUUCCGAUUCCACCAUGAAGAUUGAUUGGCUCAAGGAUGGCAAGCCCAUUACGGCUAGUUCAAGGAUUGGCACCUUAUUCAGCUUUGGGUAUGUGUCAUUGAAUAUCAGUGGAGUUCGUUCCGAAGAUGCUGGUAUCUACUUGUGUCGGGCCACCAACAAUAGUGGUCAAGCCGUAUCUCAAGCCAAGAUUACGGUUCACCGCAUUGUUGACCUCCACGCCUCCACCGGAAUUGCUGAGCAGCAACAAUACAUUGAGAAAAUCCAGCAACUGGAGCAAUUCCAGGCCUCCAAGGCCAAUGCUCAAUUCAAUAGGGAAGAGCCCAUGGUGGAGGCCACAGAGCCGCCUUUAUUUAAGACGCCCAUUAAGGAUCAAUUGAACGUAAAAGAAUCGGGUUUUGCCCACUUUGAGGCUCGUUUGGAACCCAUGGGAGACGCCACCAUGAAAGUGGAUUGGUUCAAAGACGGCAAGCCAGUGGAUGCCAGCUCAAGGAUCACGACUUUCUUCAACUUUGGAUAUGUAGCCUUAACCAUUAAGCAAGUGAAUGUACAUGAUGCUGGACAAUACACAUGCGUGGCUACUAAUCGACUCGGUCGCGCCGAAACAGCUGCCAAGCUUACCACUAUAAAGGCUAGUGAGGGCGAAUUCCAGAGCCAAUCCUGGACCUCAAUCCAGCAAUUAGAGGCCAAAAAGACUGUCACACAGUCCGCUCAAAUUCAAGAAGAGACUACCAUCAAACCGAGAUUCUUAUCCCAACUUAAAGGCACCAAUGUCGUAGUGGAGGGUCAGCGAGCUCAUUUUGAGCUCCGUUUGGAACCGCAAAAUGAUCCCAAUCUCAAGGUCCAGUGGCUUCACAAUGGCCAAGAGCUCAAAGCCUCCAGUCGAAUUCAGACUUACUUUGACUUUGGCUAUGUGGCCUUGGAUAUUCUCGAUGUUGGAAAAGAGGACACAGGAACUUAUACGUUGGUUGCCUCUAAUGCUCUUGGUCGGGAGGAAGCCUCCAUCGACCUCCGAGUGGAUGCUCACUAUCAAGGCGUGGAUCAGUCCACCAUCCAUGCCAAAACUGUCGAAGAGGUGAAGCGAUUCGAAAUGAAACAACAAUCUCAACAGAGCGUGAUUGAAAUUACGCCUCAAGGCCCGCCAGUGUUCCGCACCACCCUUCAAGAUCCCCAGCCGGUAAUGGAGGGACAGAAUAUCCAUUUGGAGGCACGUCUGGAGCCUAUCAAUGAUCCCAAUAUGAAGUUGGAAUGGUAUUGUAAUGGACGGCCUCUCACCAUUGGAUCCCGAUUCCGGACUUACAACGAUUUUGGCUUCAUUGCCUUGGAUAUAGUCGGAGUGACUCAAAGGGACGAGGGACAGUACGUUUGUAAGGCCACCAACAGUUUUGGACAAGCCGAGACCAAUGCCAACGUCAAGGUUAUGGUCCGCAAUAACAUCAUCAGCGAGAGUGAGCAUGAGGCUGCUCUCCAACAAAUCAAUUAUUUGGAAUCUGAGCGGAAGGUCCAACAAAACUUCCAAAUGCAACAAAAUUUUCAAAUGGAAGAAGGAGCAAAACAACCCCCGCAAUUCACAAAGACUUUGAAGAAUGUCGAAAUCAUGGAGAACAACAACGUUCAUAUGGAGGCAAGGCUCAUCCCAACUGGCGACUCCACGAUGCAAGUGGAAUGGACAUACAAUGGCCAGCCAUUGAAGACUGGCCACAAAUUUAGACCCAUGUAUGACUUUGAUUAUGUGGCUCUGGACGUUUUGAAAGCCUACCCAGAGGACAGCGGUGUCUACACGUGCACUGCACGAAAUGCAUACGGUCAAGUGCAGACAUCUGCCACAGUGAAAAUCAGUGCCAUGGCCAAAAUGACCUCUGAAUCUUCCGCACAAUCCAAGCAAUUCCAGCAUUUGGAGACAAAGCAACAAUCCCGCUUUGAACUGGAAGAAGAACCCAUCAAUCAAGCUCCCUCUUUUACUUCCAAAAUGAGGAGUAUCAACAUCCAGGAAGGACAGCGCGCUCACUUUGAAUGCAGACUCUUGCCCCUAUCAGACUCAAGUCUAAGGGUGGAAUGGUUCCAUAAUGGCCAACCCAUUAAGCAAGGCACACGUUUCCGUGAAGGAUUCGACUUUGGCUUUGUCUCCCUUGACAUCAUGUACACUUAUCCUGAGGAUGCUGGCACUUACACUUGCCGGGCUGUGAACGCCCUUGGACAAUCGGAUUGCUCUGCCACUCUUGGCAUUGAAAGCAACAAGGCCAUUGAUAAAGGCACCAUUCAUGAAGCCGCUCUGAGUCAGAUCCAUUAUUUGGAGAAGUCCCAUAACCGGCACGACGAAGAGGAUGGAUUUGUUCCACAAGCUCCCGCUUUCGCGUGUGGCAUGCGAGACAGCACAGUCACUGAAGGGUCUUCUGCUCAUUUCGAGGCUAAAUUGGUUCCUGUGGGAGAUCCUCAUUUGAGAGUGGAAUGGUACAAGGAUGGCAAGCCGAUUCCCGCAUCCAAUCGAAUGUCAACUUUACAUGAUUUUGGCUUUGUGGCUUUUGACUUAAAGUACACACGUCCGGGAGACUCCGGAACUUACACUUGUAAAGCUAUCAAUCAAUUGGGAGAAGCCAAUCUAUCAGCUUCACUCAAGGUCAUUUCGGCACAAACCGGACCCAAUGCCGAAACGCUGCACGGUGAAGCCUUGGAAAAGAUUGCCUACCUGGAGCACAGGCACGCUGGUCGCAGGGAAGAAGAAGAUGAGAACGUCAUCACUGUACCAGCCUUCACGGUGCCCUUGAAAGGCAAGACUUCAUACAUCGAAGGUCAAAACAUUCACAUCGAAUGCCGAAUCGAACCAUAUCCUGAUCCAAGUUUGAAAGUGGAAUGGUUCCACAAUGGCAAGCCCCUGCCCUAUGGCAACAGGUGGAGAACAUCUUACGACUUUGGUUUCGCUGCUCUUGAUAUCUUGGGAGCUUAUUCGGAAGAUUCUGGGAAUUAUACUUUGGUUGUCACUAAUGCUUUGGGUCGAGCAGAUUCAAGCUUAGUUCUUCAAGUUUCCUCUCGAAGUGGCUUACUCCUGGAUAGUGAGCACACCGAUGCAUUGGAGAAAAUUCGUUAUUUGGAAAGCAAGCACCAGCGCACGGCUGAGGAAGAGAUGAUUGUGCCCGAGGUUCCACUCUUUGGCCAUCCACUCAAGAGCAUCCGUCUAGACGAAGGCCAACCUGCCCACUUUGAAACGACCUUGACUCCAGUCAAUGAUGCCACCAUGAACGUGCAAUGGCUGUUCAAUGGAAAAGCAGUGGCUCAGGGUCAUAGGUUCCGCACCACUUAUGACUUUGGAUUUGUAGCCUUGGACAUUUUGUAUGCCUACCCCGAAGAUAGUGGCACCUAUACUUGUACGGCAGCCAAUGCUUUGGGUCAAAUCGAGACUUCUUGCUCACUUGACGUCAAGGGGAAAUCUGGCCUUCUAUUGGACACUUUGGAUAGCGGACGUCUAACUCAUUUGCACAACUUGGAACAUCGUCGAAGACCUGCCCCUGAAGAAGGGGAAGUUGAGAUUACCGCGCCCGUAUUCACCACUUCGCUCAAGAACGUGGAGGGAGCCGUGGAGCAAAGCUUUGUUCAUCUGGAGUGCCGAUUGGAGCCCAUUAACGACCCCAACCUGAGGGUGGAAUGGUUCAUGAAUGGAAAAGAGAUCCGAGCCGGUCACAGAUUUAGAACCACUCACGACUUUGGUUUCGUCGCUUUGGACAUUUUGUACGCUUAUGCUGAAGAUAGUGGGACUUACACUUGCAGAGCAGUCAACAAAUUAGGUGAAGCAUCCAAUCAAUGCACCGUGCAAGUUCUGGAGAAAAAAUCCCUUCUCUUGGACUCUCAACACCCCGAAGGUUGGGAAAAGAUGAAGAGCCUGGAACAGAGAGGCUUUUAUCGCAAGUUGGAGGUCGAAGAAAUGCCUUUGGGCCCGCCUCACUUCGUCACCGAGCUUGUGGGUAUCACCACGUUGCGAGAAGGAAACACCGCCCACUUUGAGGCUCAAAUUGAACCAAUCCAUGAUCCAAACUUAAAAGUGGAGUUCUAUCACAAAGGUCGCCCUCUACAACAAGGAUCGCGAAUUCACACAUUGUGUGACUUUGGAUAUGUUGCCUUGGAUAUUUCUGGUCUGGUGAUGUCCGAUGAAGGCCAAUACACUUGUAAAAUCUCGAACAACUUUGGCCAAGCCGAAUCUAGUGUGGACUUGAACCUUUCUGGUAGCGAUUCUUUGGAUAUGUCGUCUAUGCGUCCCGAGGGUUUGGAGAAGAUCUCGCAAUUAGAGAGCAAGCGUCAACGAAUUGCGGAUGAUGAGCAAAAGACCUUCCAAAAGCCAGUCUUCACUCUACCACUGCAGAAUGUGGAAAAUGAAGAGGGCCGCAACGUCACGCUAGCCGCCCGCCUGAUUCCAGUUGGGGAUCCCAAUCUAACAGUUGAAUGGUUCAAAGAUGGUCAAAUCAUCAAUUCAAGCUCCAGAAUCAACUACAUCAACGAUUUUGGCUGCGUCACCUUGGAUAUCAACAGCCUGCGAAGCUCUGACCAUGGCGUGUAUGAAUGUAAGGCCCGAAACGCCCUAGGAGAAGCCGUGACUGCAGCCUCCGUUACGGUAGCUACCAAAGGUUCUCUUCUCUUGGACUCUCAACAUCCCGAGGGCAUGAAGAAGAUCACAGCCUUGGAAAUGAACAAGGGCCGCAGCCGAGCUCAGGAGUCGGGACAAGUGUUCGACCGACCCGUUUUCAUUACUCCCUUGUCCGGUUCUGCCGAAAUCAUGGAGGGGCAGAACGUGCACCUUGAAUGUCGGGCAGCACCGGUCGGGGAUCCUAAUAUCAAGUUUGAAUGGUUCUGCAACGACCAGAAGCUCAAGAUGGGCUCCCGGGUUCAAGUCACGCAAGACUUUGGAUUCGUCACUUUGGACAUUGCGUCAGCUGUGGAAAACGACUCGGGCAUGUACAUGGUCAAGGCCAGUAACUUUGCCGGGGAAGCCACCUCAUCUUACGCCUUGCACGUGGGAGGCAGAGGACAGAUCCUGCAGGACUCUCUCCAUCCUGACUCCUUCAAAAAGAUUCAGGCCUUGGAAGCUCAGAAGCAGGCCAAGCGUCAAAUCAGUGAUGAUUCCGUAGUGAACCAACCGCCAGUGUUCAUGCAGCAACUCAACAAUGUUGGCUCGAUUGCCGAGGGAACAAAUGUGCAUGUCCAAGCUGCCAUUGAGCCCAAGAACGACCCCAACCUGAGUGUGGAAUGGAAAUUCAACGGUCAAGCUAUUUCCACCGGGUCUCGUUUGAAGACCUCGUUGGACUUUGGACAUGUCCAACUUACCAUCCAAAGUGCAAGGCCUGCGGACUCCGGUCUCUACACCUGCACAGCUAUCAACAAAUUGGGAGAAGCUGUCUCAACGACUAGCAUCAAAGUUGAAGAUGCACCAUGGCUGGCCAGUGAUUCUCAGCACCCAAGUUCGAUGGCUAAGUUGGCCAAACUGGAAAACAAAGCUAAAAUACGAAUGGACACCACUGAUGGGAACUAUGCCAUUCCCACUUUCACUCAGCAUCUGAAUGACCUGGAGGUCACCGAAGGCGAGAAUGCCAACUUCACGUGCAAGAUUAACCCUCACAACGACCCCAACAUGAAAGUUUCUUGGGAAGUCAAUGGAGAGGCACUCUCCUGUGGAUCCCGAUUACAGUCUAACUUUGAUUUUGGCCAAGCAACUUUGAGUAUUAAGUCCUUGUUGUUACAAGAUGCCGGAAUAUAUUCUUGCGUGGCUACCAAUUCACUGGGAACAACACGCACUUCUGGCAAACUAACCAUCCAACCCGAACAACUGACCACAGCACCCUCUCAAGCACCAGAAUCUGAAAGCCAUUUGGACAUUGCUGAGAAGAUGGACUACGCCAAAACGACCACCACUUUCACUCUGCCCGAUAGAAAGGAUGAAGACGAAGUCCAAGGGGAAAAGCCAACCAUCAUUCGAGCCCUUCAACGUGAAAUCAAGAUGGAACAAGACGCUCAAAGUAUCAGCAUGGACUUUGAAUUUUCACCUAGGAACGAUUCAAAGCUCGAACUUCAUUGGUACCACAACGGCCUCCCUCUGAGUAUGGGAUCCAGGAUUCAAAUGAAGACUGAAUUUGGAACUGCCCGAUUAUUCAUCACUGAUCUGUCGGAUCGUGAUCAGGGUGUCUACACUUGCCGAUUAUCGAAUCAGUUUGGGGAGGCCACCACGUUUGCUAUGGUCGAAUGCUCUGGCAAGUCUAGUAUUGAUAUGACCACCAAACACCCCAGGGGAACCAAGGGCCUUGAUGCCGUGACCAAAAUCGAGUCCAAGGACGCUUCAAUGGCCGAUGAGCCAGACUCAGAGAUUGACCAUGCUCCGAAAUUCGAGAGCGAGUUCCAAGCAUUGGCUGUUAUGGAAGGCGAAAGAGCCUUCAAUGAGGCUAUCCUGAAACCUAAAUUGGAUUCUUCUAUGAAUAUUGAAUGGUUCAAGGAUGGGAGACAAUUGGAUCAAAGUUCUCGGUUGUCUACACAUUUAUCGUUUGGCAUGGUCAUAUUUGAGAUGAAAGAUCUUCGUCAAAGUGACAGUGGAACUUAUCAGUGCAUAGCUACCAACAAGUUGGGCAGAACCGAGAAAACCUUCUCCAUGGAAGUGCAAGCUAGUCAAUCCCACGGACAAAAGGCUCGAUUCACUUCGAAGUUCCAAUCGUUGGUUGAGACCCGGGAUGGUGAGCCUCUUCACCUGGAUUGCAGCUACGAGCCCAAAAAUGACGCCACCCUUCAAAUGAAAUGGACCAAGGACGGCAAGGUUAUCAGCAACUCAUCGAGGAUGAAGACCCUCUCGGACUUUGGCUUUGUCACACUCGAUUUCCUCCGCGUUGAAACCGAAGACUCUGGAGAAUACACUUGUACCAUUUCCAAUAAGUAUGGUCAAGAUACUGUCAGUUUUGUCAUCAGAUGUGAAGGCACAAGCGGGGUCUUCUACGAAUCACUGCAAACUACUAACUUAAACGAGACAAACAAACAAGCCCUUUUACAACAAAGGGUGUCUGGCGAAAAGGGAUUGUCCGCCACUACCACUCAAGCUCCUAAGUUUGUGUCCAAUUUUGAGGGUUUGUACUCAAUUCAAGAGGGUCAGAGUGCUCAUUUGGAGGCGAAGCUAACUCCAACUGAUGAUGCGAAUCUUAAGGUGGAAUGGUUCAAAGACGGUGAGCCCAUUAAGAUGGGUCAUCGAUUUAGGACGUUCCAUGACUUCGGCAUCGUGAUCCUGGACAUCCUGUACUGUUUCUCCAAUGAUGCCGGUCAAUACGAAUGUCGAGCUACCAAUAAGCUAGGAUCUGACUCCAUUCAGACCAAGUUGGAAUGCUCCGAGAAUUCUUCGUUGGUCUUGACACCACAAAUUCCCGGUGAGAUGAAAGAGCAAACUUUGGCCAGGAUCCAAAACUUGGAGACCAUGAAAGCCAGGUUAUCGACGGGUGAGCAGCCCUCAGGACCCGGAACAGCCCCAAGGUUCACGGUGCCAAUUGCCAACAUCAGUGGACUCCAUGAAGGGGACAGCGCUCACUUUGAAGCACGACUGUUGCCGACCGACGAUCCAACUUUGAACGUCCAAUGGUUUUGGAAUGGCAAGGCUUUGAAGGCUGGUUCCAGAAUUCGAACCUUCUGCGACUUUGGAUUUGUGAUUCUGGAGAUCUCUCCAGUGUAUCCUGAAGAUUCUGGUGAAUACAUUUGCAAGGCCACAAAUGCCUUUGGCGAGGCAGUCACAACAGCUUCGUUGAGCUGCUCUGGCAAGCGGAACAUCAUUAUGGACUCCCAAUUGCCCAAGGGAAUGGAAGGAGCCAUCGACAAGAUUGCUGAUCUGGAAGGGUAUGGCAAAAUGCGUGCUCGUGAAAUUAUUUCAGAGGACACAUCCAAACCACCAGAGUUCCUGACUCCCCUGAAAGACCUGGCAUUGGGCGAGAACUCUUUGGCCAUUUUUGAAACCAGAUUGACCCCCAUCAACGAUCCAAACAUGAGAGUUCAAUGGUACCACAAUGGCUCAGCCUUGAGUGCUGGUUCUAGAAUCAAAACCAUCAACGACUUUGGAUUUGUCAUUCUGGAGGUAGCCAACGUUCUGGGUAGAGACUCGGGAACAUACACAUGCAAGGCUGUUAACAAGAACGGAGAGGCUUCCUUGUCUUGCGAGGUCACGGUCAAAUCGCGCCAUGGCAUCAUCUCUGAUCCACAACUACCCAAGAGUUUCCGCUCAGGGACAGAUUCUAUCAAUCGCUUGGAGGAGAACCGUUGGCAGCGACAAGAAAUGGUUUUCGACGAGCCCGAAGGCCGCGCACCGAUGUUCAUCUCGCAGAUUCAGGAUGUCAACAUUGCCGAGGGUCAGUCUGCCCACUUUGAUUGUCGAGUGGAACCCAUUGGAGAUGGCUCGAUGAGAAUUGACUGGUUGCACGAUGACAAGCCCUUAGCCCUUGGGUCCAGGAUUCACACAAUCAGUGAUUUUGGAUUUGUCGUUUUGGAUAUUGACUGGACUUUCCAACGGGAUUCCGGCAAAUACACCUGUCGAGCCACAAAUAAGUACGGCUCAGUGGAGACCGUGGCCAAUUUGAAAUGCAAGAGCAAUCAAGGAAUCUCAUUGGACAGCCAAUUGCCCCAAGGCAUGUCUUUGGAUCGAUUGAAGGAUUUGGAGAAGGGCAAGAUCGAUUCCAGGACAGAAUUAGAAAGCGCUGAAAUCACACCUCCCAAGUUCAUCACCCAAAUUCAAUCUAAGGCCGUGGCUGAGGGUGAGCCCGUCCACUUUAACUGUCGAGUUGAACCCAAGCAUGACCCAAAGCUUGAAGUCAAGUGGUACAACAAUGGCAAAGAAUUGGCCUCGGGACAUCGAUUCCGAAUUACCAACGAAUUUGGAUAUGUGGCUUUGGACAUUCUCUACACUUAUCCGGAGGAUGAGGGAGAGUAUGUUUGCAAAGCUACCAAUGCACUCGGCGAAGAUCUGACCAAGUGCCAGCUGAAAUGCAAGGAGCUUCCGGCCAUUCAAUUGGAGAACCAAGUGCCCAAGGGUAUGAAGAAAUCCGAGUAUGUGGUACAAAUGGAGGCUGCUAUGAAGAAAUACACCCAAGAAAUCUUUUUAACCGAGGAUGAUGUUUAUGAUGCCGACAAGCAGCAACCUCCCCGCUUUGUUACACAAAUCCAGAGCGUGACCGACCUAGUUGAAAUGCAAGCCACCAAGUUUGAGUGUCAAUUGGCUCCAGUGGGAGAUCCUCACAUGAAAGUAGAAUGGUUCUUCAACAACAAACCUCUGCAAUUCAAAAACCGAUUCACACCCAUUUAUGAUUUUGGUUACGUGGCCAUGAACUUUGGAUGGGUUUAUCCCGAGGACUCUGGCGAGUACAUCUGCCGUGCCACUAAUCGAUUUGGUUCUGAUGAGACCCGGGGCAUCAUCAAGACAGCUGGCAGGCCCGGCAUUGUAUACGAGUCCCAACUGCCUAAGGGAAUGGCUAGUAUUGAUCGAAUCCGUGAGAUGGAGGCCGGCUGGCAGAGAGCUCCUGAUGUUAUCGAGGGGGAAACUGAGCGAUUCAAACCAUGCUUUGUUACCAAACCCGAGCCUGAGGAGGUGGGCGAAGGUGAAAUGGCCCGAUUUGUGUGUCGGGUCACAGGAUAUCCUAAACCCAGGGUCAUGUGGUUACUCAACGGCCAGACUGUUAUCAACGGAAGCCGCCACAAGUUGGUGUACGAUGGAAUGUGGCGCUUUGAUGUGCCCCGUUGUCGUGACACCGACGGCGGAAAGGUCGAGGUGAUUGCACGCAAUGCGUGUGGAGAGGCUUAUGCCACCACAACGUUGACCGUGCGACCUCGCCAAGAUGACUACCGAUCCGUGCUCAAACACAACGUGAAGCGAGACUACAUGAACUCCAAGGAAUACAGGAAGCCCGACUGGGUCACCAAGAUGGAGGAACUUCAGAAGCGAUUGAAGGAGCAAAAACAACCUCCUAAGUUCAUUCACGAUCUCCGGGAAGCCAGGAUAAAAGAUGGCAUGAAAACCACUUUUGAGGCCAUCUUUGCCGGUAAUCCAAAGCCCACCAUCACGUGGUACUUCAAUGGAGAAGAACUCAAACAAGGCAAGAGUGUUCAAAUCCGAGUCAAGAACUUCCGCACAUCAUUGACGUUGCUAAAUUGCACUAUGGAAAUGGCUGGAUACUACCAGUGCAAGGCGCAGAACGAAUUGGGCACUGAGGUCUCUAGAGCCAGCUUAACCAUUUCCAGGACUGGUCUGGCAGAGGAAAUCGAGGCCGAACGAGCCAAGCGUCAAUCUGCCCUGGACUUACUGGUUCACGCUGAGGAGGAUAAACUCAUUGAGCGCCAAAUGAUCAAGGAGCAGAAGAAGGAGAAAAUCGAAAGCGCCAAGACCAAGGCCCAAAAGCAAAUGACGAUGGUCCAGCCCAUUGAGAUGCCCAAAGUGCGUCUGGGUCGUCGACCAGAGGCUCGUCCAAAAGAAUCGAGUCCUCAACCUCGUGGCAAAAUGACUGCCGGUGUGCAGUUGAGAAAGACCAAGCAAGAAGAACGUCAAGCGGUAGAGAAAUCAACAUUGGAAACUCCUGAGCUCAAGCAUGCUACAACGAGACCCACGCAGAAGUUUGAGCCUUCCAAAUUGGAAGCACCGGAUCUGAAGCACUUGGAGAAAGAGCAAGAAGCGGCUUAUGAGGCAGCCAAAUCGGAGUUGACCGAGGAGGAAAGGUAUUGGAUGAAGAAGCAACAAGAGGAGGAAAUGGCCGCAGCCAUUCAAGAGAGCAUUCAAUUCACUGAAGAAUCCAAAGACGAGGAAACCAGUUACACAGCAUCAGAAAUACGUGCAGAACUCUCAGCAGAAAUAUCAGAGCCAUAUAUCACACCAGAACAGACACCCGAGCGAGACACCCAAACUCCUGAACAAGACUUCUUGGAAAGCCAAGAGCAACAAUAUGAAUACGAACCCCAACCAGAAUCACAUCCAACCACAGAGAUUGUUCCACCUUCAAACAUACACUCACAAAAACCCGAGACACCAUGGCCAGAACCAAAAUUGCCCGAAUCAGCUCAAACAUCACAAAGACCCACUUCAGACAAAAUGGCUCCCAUCGAGGUGGCCUCUAUCCCCACCCGAGAACAAACCAAGUUGAGACCAGUGCCCAAGAAGCAAGAGGAGUUUAAGCCUAGAGAAAGGCAAGAAAUAUCACUCAAGCCUGCGCCCAAACCAAAGUCUGCUCAACCCAAGUCAUUAGCAGAUCAGCCAUCGACUUCAUUAAGGGAUACCACUCUCAAUUCAACAGGCUUCCCACCAAUAAAGAAGGACAACCAAGCGACAAAAGCCCCCAAACCCACGCCCUCCAAGCCUACCAAAAAGGUCAUCGCUAAACCACAGCUGCAAGUCCAAGAUCAGCUAGAAGAGCCACUAGCAAUCCAGCCAAUUCCCCCCGAGACUGAAUUGGCUUCGAGUGACGAACCCGCUAGUACUGAAAUUGCUCCGUACGAAGAGGAACCAAUUGAUAUACAUGAUUUAGAGAAAAAUUUGCCCGAAGACGAGGAACCAACCUAUCACCAAAAAGCUGAGAUAUCUCAAGUUGAAGAAGACACUUCAGCGACAACCAUAAUAAAACAAGCUCCUUCUCAAGAUGUUCAAAGCCGUCCAAUCAAGCCUAAAAGACCGAGCCCAUAUGAUAGGCCGGUCAAAGCAGAGCCAGAAAAGCUGCCAGUGACAGUACUGAAGCCAACUCGGCGACCCGAAGUAAAACAGGUCCAAAAAGAGGCCGCUCCGAAAGUGGAGCUCAAACCAACUCCCCGAAAGACCCCACAACCUCAACCUCAAGAGGCAGCCAAGCCCAUCUUCGAACAAAAGAAGUUAAUUCAACCGACCAAGGAGCCCCUGAAGAAGCCCCAAGAGCAAUUAAAAACAUCACACACUUCUGCCGAGCGCCAGGAGAUGGCACAGAAAAAGAAAACUUCCAAUACCAAAACCGUCGCAAAGGAAACCGAAGACGUCAAUGAACCGUUCCAUUCUGAGAAGCGUGUUCCAUAUGAUGAUGAAGAGGAAUCUGUUCAAUAUAAAAAUGAAGAGGAAUUUAUUGUAAACGACGAAGAAGAGGAACUCCAUGCUCAGGAGGAAGAAGUUUCACAAGUGGAAGAACCUCAAGAACCUCAGUUAAUGGAAUCGUUAGAUCAGCCAAAGAUACCAGAAAUGGAACCUGAUACGAGAGAAAUUCCCCUCCCAAGCAAGAAAGAAGCAGUCAAAUCAUCUUUGAUUCUAUCUCAAUCGACACCUCAGUUGGAAAAGGUUAAGGCCAAACCCAAGCAAAGAGACAUUAUUCAGCAACCAACUCAAGAACAAGAAAGACCACAGUUAAAGAAAACUGUUACACCACCUCGAAGAGAGCUCGAAAGUGCCGAAAUUUCUCAACCAAAGGCUAGCCCACAAGACGUUUUGAAGAGGACGCCUAAACCAGCUCAAGCACAACGAGAUGAGGAUACAACCGAAAAGGUAGAAUUGAAAAAAGCCCACCCAAAACUCAAGGCCGUCGUUGAAACUUCCGUGGUGGAGAAGGAACCAUUGCCAAAAGUAAAGAAAGCACCCAAAAAGGCAAUAAAAGUGCAAAAGAAGGCCUCGGCAUAUAUUGAGCCUGAUGAAGAGCACUUUAAUGAAGACGUACAAAAGGAAUCAGUCGAAGUUCAGAUUGCCCAUGAUGAUGGCGAAGAUGCCACCACAGACAUUGUACAAGAACAAUCACAAGAAGAAGAUGCUAGUCAAGAAAAGCAUCGAGAACCGGAAGAAAUCAUUGAGAGGCAACAGCCUGAGCCAGAUAAGCCCCUGGAAGAGGUAGCAAGCCAUCAAAAAGUCCCCACACAACCAACAAAGCCAUCUAUUGUACAAAAUCAACCUACCCCUCAAUUGGGAAAGGUCAAGGCCAAACCCAAACAAAGAGAUCAAAGUCCACUACCUUCGCAAGAAAAGCAAAAGCCUCAGCUAAAAAAGACAUUGAAGCCAUCGAUGAGGACAGCAGAAGAGCCCAUGCAGGUUCAGCCUCGAAUGAACCCCCUAGACAACCUAAAAAAGGCGCCAACGUCAAAACACGCCCCAACCCAAAAAGAGGCAGAACUGGCUGAAAAAGUGGAACUGAAAAAGGUCCCAUCGAAACCAUCUCAACCACAGGAUGAGCCCCAACAAGAAGAACUUCUACCCUCCGUUGAACCUGAAGUAAAAGCGAAGAAAAUGGUGAAGAAGAUCAAGAUUAAAAUAAAGAAGACAGAAGGUGAACCUAAACCAGAGCCUGUCCAAACACCCAUGACCGAGAGGAUUCAAGAAAUGGUAUCAAACGAUGACAAUGACGAAAGGGACAACGUCAUUGAGGAUUACACUAGCCCUGUAGUGGACGAGGCUGACGAGAGUCCUGAAUUCCAGGAGGAGGAACAAACAACACCAAUUGAGGAAGAAAAGAUGACUAUCACGGAUCUAGACGAGCCUGAGGAAGAUUUCGUUGAGCCCAAGCAAGAUCUAGAUGAGCCUGAAGGGCCCACAUCACACCAACCAACAUUUGACACAAAAGACUCUCUCAUUAAGAAACCUACAUCCAAACAAAUUGUACAAGAGCCAAAGAUUCCAGUUGAUACAAUGGCUAAUCAGAAAGAUCACGAGUCAAACACGUUUAGUAUUCAGUCUGAACAACGCCAAAUGGCUCCAUUGGAACAGAUUCCAAAAACAAUUGAACAUAGUGACAUACACAACCAGAGACAUGAAACACAAUCACAAUCAACAUCAAUCCGAGGACAACACUCAUAUGACACUUCUACAGUAGAAAUGAGUAAAAAUUUGCCAGACUCAAAGGCAAAUGUAGUGGACUCACCAUCACCAAUUCGAAAUGAACAAGAAAAUGAUAUGAAAAUAAUGUCACAGCCUGAAGUAAACAAAACAUUGGAAACAUUGGCUCUAAACGUUCAAAGUCCUCAAAAGUAUCUUGACGCAGAUACCAAAGCUUCUAUUAGCUCUACACUCAAAGCGAACCAAGAGCAAACACGUGCAAAAGUAACAAAAUCCAAAGGAGUAAUUAAAAAAACCAAACAAUUAAACGCUGCAGGAAAAGAGUCGCAAAAAAACAACACUCAACUCCCCCUUGAAUCCGAUAGUACCACAUUAAAUCCGCAAUACCCUUCCGAACAAACUAGCCCACAGGCAAAAGAAACUGUGCCUCAAAUAAAGAGGGAUUGUUCUGGAUCUCUGCCACAAGCACUCAAUCAAUACAACAAACAGACAGAUACAACAAACAUUACACCGAAGCAAGAAUGUCAACCAGGUACACAGGACAAUGAAAUUAGUUACAAAGGCAAAACAAUUCAGACAAUUCAAACAUCUAAGCCAGGAAAUGAGAUUGCACACUCGUCAAACUCAACCCAACCACAAACAUUUUCGCAGGAAGAAAAACAAUUACCUUAUGAACCAACUUCUUCGUCAACAUCAAAACAAGGCCAAACAUAUCAGGAGACAAAAAUUACUACAACAACACUCCCAUCCAUGGAGGUACAGGAGAAUAAAGAACCAGAAAAAGAACUGAAACCCAAGGACGAAAAGCGGCCACAAGAAUCGCAAGAGACAUCAAAACUUAAGGAAGUACCUAAACAGCAAGAGGGACCAAAGGCAAAGAAGACACCAAAACCCAAGGUUGCAAUUAUACCAACAGAAACACAAAAUGCUCAGGAAAUACCUAAAUCUACGGAGACCCUUGCGCAACAAGAGCCACUUAAGCCACAGGAAAGAGCUAAGCCACAGGAAGCCCCUAAGCUACAGGAAGCCCCUAAGCCACAGGAAGCCCCUAAGCCACAGGAAACAGAUAAGCCACAGGAAGCCCCUACGCCACAGGAAGACCUUACGCCUCGGCUACCAACUAAGCAACAGGAAGACCCUACGCCACAGGAAGCCCCUACGCCACAGGAAACACCGAAGCGACAGGAAGCACCAAAGCCUCAGGAAGCUCCUAUCCCAAAGGAAACACCUAAGCCACAGGAGGCACCUAAGCCUCAGGAAGCCCCUAAGCCGCAGGAAACACCAAAGCCACAGGAAGCCCCUAUGCCAAAGGAAACACCGAAGCAACAGGAAGCCCCUAAGCCACAGGAAGCACCGAAGCCACAGGAAGCCCUUAAGCCUCAGGAAGCUCCUAUCCCAAAGGAAACACCUAAGCCACAAGAGGCACCUAAGCCUCAGGAAGCCCCUAAGCCAAAGGAAACACCCAAGCCUCAGGAAGCCCCUAUGCCAAAGGAAACACCGAAGCAACAGGAGGCACCAAAGCCUCAGGAAGCCCCUACGCCAAAGGAAACACUGAAGCAACAGGAGGCAUCGAAGCCUCAGGAAGUAUCUAAGUCGCAAGAAACUCCUAAGCCACAGGAAGCAGUAAAGCCACAGGAGGCACCUAAGCCGCAGGAACCACCCAAGCCCCAGGAAGCAGUGAAGUCACAGGAAGCACCUUUGCCACAGGAAGCACCUAUGCCACAGGAAGCAGCUAAGCCACAGGAAGCACCUAUGCCACAGGAAGCAGCUAAGCCACAGGAAGCACCUAUGCCACAGGAAGCAGCUAAGCCACAGGAAGCACCUAAUGCACAAAAAGCUCCUCAGCCACAGGAAGCACCUAUACCACAGGAAGCAGCUAAGCCACAGGAAGCACCUAAUGCACAAAAAGCUCCUCAGGCACAAGAAGCACCCAAGUCAGUGGAAGAACCUAAGCAUAAAACACCACCUGUUAAAGAAAAUCGUCAGGAUCAAGAAACUCCACAAGAAGAGGAGGCCCCCAAAUCCCAAGAAGUCGUUGAACCAAAAGAUAUUUCCUCUGAAUUUGCAACUAUUGAUGAGGAUGAAGUUCAAAGUAUAAAGAAGAAAAAAAAGAAAAUUAUAAAAAAGAAAGUUAAAAAGAGCCCUGGUGGGAUUGAAGUGAGUUCGCCUCAAGACGGUUCGACUGUGGAAACACCUGUAGAAUCAACUGAGCAAAGCCAAGAACAAAUACAAGAAGAACUCUCCUUGACAAAGGCACAAUUAGAAAAGUCAGUAGAAGAACUAAACCAAACGUUGAGCUUCAAGGAAGCUUCGCUCGAAGAAUCAGCAAUUGCUUCCCCUACAUCUGAGGCCCCCGUAAAAGAACCUGAUCAUUUAGAGGAACCAUCGCAACCAAAAAUCAAACUCCCGAAAAAACCAAAACGGGAGAUUCCAGAGGCUAGUGAAGACAAGGCGGUGGAUUUCAAAUCCAUGCUUAAACCCACCAAGAAAGUAGUGAGACAAAUUGAAGAAACUCAAAUGGAAGAAGUGAACUUGAAAAAGGUUGAUAUUCCGGAAGAACCUCAACCCAUCUCGAAAGAGCCCGUAGAAAAAGAAAUCACCUUGGAGCCUUUCAAGCCCGAGGAGCCAAGGGUUAUAGCUCCUGUCGUAGCAGAAGAGGAGGUCGAGGAAGAUCAGUUGAUCAAAAAGAAAAAGGUGAUCAAGAUUAAGAAGAAGACGACCAAGCCAUCUGACGAAGAGCCAAAAGCCCCAGAACAGCCGAAGGCGAAGCCUCCUCCUCCCAAGGAAGAGAAGAAGCCACUUGCUCCAAAACAGGAAAAGGCGCCCGAGAUGCCGAAAAGCGAAAAGACGCCGGAAAUUGCUCCCACUCCCAAGAAAGAGCCAACCAAGGCACUAACCAUUGAGGAAAAAAAGGCCUCCGAAAAGAUUCAAGAGAAGGUCAUUCAAGAGAUCAGCGAUCUAACCCAACGCCUUGAACAUGGUUCAACAGUUGAUGAGGUGAACUCUGCUUAUGAAGCCCAUGAGUUUCCUCAAUUAGCCAGAAAGGAAUCUCAAAUGGCCAUGGUCAAAGCUGUCGAGCGCAUUGGAAAGAGUGCCGUCAUCAACCAAGUUUUGGCCGCUGAGUGUGCUGGUAGUGAGAAGCAUCUCGAUGACAUUGGGUUCAAGGCUCUGAUGACGACCCUGUCCAAUGAGAGUUACAGAACUGAGGAAAUCGUUACCAGUUUCCAACCAGAAGAUUUCUCACCCACUUCCACCAAUGAAAAGUUUGCAGAGUUGGUUCAUCAAUCGAAAGAACUUGUCACUACCGAGCCAAGUGAGGUCUCAACUGAGCUCAUGCCUCCACCUGAACAAGCAAAGAUCUCGAGCAUUACUCAAGAACAAUCCUCAAGCUCACAGGCUACAGUCCAAGAAAAUGUUUCUCAAGAAGUAACCGAAGAACAUUUGGAACCUCUUGGAUCACCUAUGGAGAUCCAAGAAGGCCAAAUAUUUUAUGCCUUAGCUACAUUCGUCUCCGAAACAGGCGAAGCUAUGAAUUUGGUGGAAGGAGAGAAGGUCUAUGUUUUGGAAUGGAACAACACCGAUUGGUGGUAUGUUAGGAAACACCUGACGGAAGAAUCCGGUUGGGUCCCAGCUCAAUAUUUGAAGGACGAACAAACCUACACCUUGUACGUCCAAAAGAAGUUGGUCGAAAAGAUUGAGAAGUUACCCGUUUUCGACAAACCAAAAUCGGGAGAAGAAACGUUUCCCCCAAAGAUUAUUGAGAAAGUCCAAUCUCAAUGUGCUCCUGACGGUAGUCCUGUGGAGUUUGUUUGCAAGGUGGAAGGCAACCCUCGACCCCAAAUUACUUGGUUCCGACAAACAGCCAUCAUCAAACCGUCUCAGGACUUUCAAAUCUAUUACGAUGAAAGCAACAAGGCCACUUUAGUGAUCAAGGAAGUGUUUCCUGAAGAUGCAGGAACCUUCACUUGUGUGGCCAAGAAUUGCCUAGGUUUUGCCUCCUCUUCCUCGGAGUUGGUCGUAGAGCAUCCGCUUUCCGAGCAUGGCAUGGAAAAACACGAUCGAAGAAGUCUUUCACGAGAAUCCUCGUUGGCCGAUAUAGUGGAAGGAAUCCCACCCACAUUCGCUCAACGACCACAAACAAAGACCGCCGAGAUGGGGACUUCAGUCGAGCUGGAAUGUCGAUUCGUCGCCAUUCCCGAAGCCGAAGUCACGUGGUUCCACAACAAGAAGGCUUUGAGCCAAUCCAGCCGGCUUUCGUUGAUUCAUCAAGCCGAUAUGCACAUGUACUGCACCAUUGUGAAGAUUGGAAAUCUUCAGAAAGAAGAUGCAGGAACAUAUGAGGUUCAGGCCAGGAAUAGGGAGGGCGAAGCUACCAAUACCCUCACCUUGAUUGUGAAUGAACCCAAGGCUUUAACGGAAGAGCAACAGAACCCACCAAUAAUCGUGAAGCCAUUGACACCCACCGUGUGCAAGGCCGGAGACUCCAUCAUUCUCGAGACUGUUAUCACGGGCUCAAGGAACCAGUUCCAAGUCACGUGGUUCCAAAAUGGAUUGGAAAUCCACGAGAACCGAAAGACCAAGAUGCUGCAAAGAGACGACAUUUACACACUAAUGCUAGAUAGCGUGGGCAUGGAAGCUGACGGCGAGUACGUAGUGAAGGCCAAGAACGCUUUUGGUGCGGCCCAAACCUCGGCCAACGUUUGUGUUCAAGGCGAAGCCAUCGAGUUUGUGAAGAAGUUAGAAGACAUGGAGGUGAAAGAAGGCAGCUCAUGUGAGCUCUCAAUCGAGAUCUCGUCUGACAAAUGCCACGUGAUUUGGCACAAGGACGGACACACCUUGGACAAGAACAACGCCAAGUACUCAUUCAAGAGUGAGGGCCGGCAUCACUCGCUUCAAAUAUCAUCAGCUACCGUGCAUCAUGAGGGCGAAUAUGUGGCAUCGGUGGGCGAGCAAGAAUGCUCAUGUGAGCUCACAGUGGUCGAAAAACCUCCAGAGUUCUUGAAGAAGAUGAAGGAUACCAAUGCUACCGUUGGUGAAUCGGCUUUCUUUGAGAUUGAACUAAGCAAAGGAGACGUUGUUGCCAAAUGGUUAAAGAAUGGCAAGGAAUUGGAACUGAACCAAAGAAUCAAGCUUAUUAUCGAUGGCAAGAAACAAAUGUUGGAACUGAACGAAGUGUCCUUGAGCGAUGCCGCAGAAUAUUCCUGUGCCAUUGCUAAUUCGAGAAGUAGCGCCAAACUCACAGUUGAAGAGCCAAAAGCCGAAUUUGUAACCAAGCUCCCGAAAAUCACUUGUGGGAGCGUGGGACAAGACGUGAUCAUCAAAGUGGUCCUCUCCAAGCCUGGAGCCAAGAUUCAAUGGCAGAAGAAUGGAACAUCUUUGGUAAAGUCUCAGAAGUAUAGCUUUGAAUCUGCUGGUUGCGAAUAUACUCUGAUCAUCCGAAACGCCACAAAAGAGGACAUUGCCCAAUACACUUGCAUUGCCGAGAAUGUCACCACUCAAACAGAUUUGGAGCUCCAAGGUGGGGACGAACCUCUGGAGUUUGCCAAUGACCUCGAGCGGACCGUGGAUGUGACCAAGGGACAAGAAGUCACAUUAAUGGCCCGCCUAGCCAAGACGGCACUUCAGACACCUCAAAGCCAGUGGUUUUUCCAAGGCCGAUCAAUCCAGAUCAGUGAAAAGAUUCAAACAAAGAUCACACGCGAUUGGGCUUCCAUCACCAUCAAGCAAACGGAGAGUGUGGAUUGUGGCACGUACACGCUCAAGCUUUCCAAUAGCGUUUCCGAAAUCUCGGCAGACUUCAUUGUUAGCAUUAAAGAUAAACCUACUCCUCCCAAAGGACCCGCCAGUGUAGAAUGGAGAGGCAACGAUUCCGUCGAACUUCACUGGAACGCGCCAGAUUCCGAUGGAGGCUCUCCGAUCACGGAUUACAUCGUCGAGCGCCGUGAAGUCGGUAAGAAGUCCUGGAAACAAGUGGGCACUUCCACACUCUGCGUCAUUGAGAUCAAGGGCUUGAAAAAGAAUUCUGCCUACAACUUCCGAAUCAUUGCCAAGAACAAUGUUGGGCUGAGUGAGCCCUUCAUAAUUGAAGAGACCUUCUCGACCACUAAAACUACGCCCAAGAGCUUACCAGGGUCUCCGUUGGUUCAGGUCACUGACAUCACCAGCCGCAGUGUCACCUUACAAUGGAGUCCUCCGAGUAAUACUGGAGGUGUAGAAUUGACCGGCUAUAUUCUUGAAAAACAACUCGCCACAUCAAGCAAAUGGGAAAAAGUAGCGACGGUCGAAUCUUCAGUGACCCUUUUCCAAGUGGAAAAUCUAAAGGAGAAAUCCGAAUAUUACUUCCGGAUCUCAGCCGAAAAUGAAGUGGGUGCAAGUGAGCCUUCGGUGACACAAAAGAUCAGCCUCAAAACUCAUGCCCGACCACCCUCCGCCCCCACUGCCCCCUUGGAGAUCACCUCCCUCGGACCUCAUGCCAUAAUGGUUGAAUGGGGAGCCCCUGAAAGCGAUGGCGGGGCCCCACUUGAGGGGUACAAAAUUGCCGUGAGGGACGCUCGUAGACAAAUGUGGAUGGAAGUGGGACGUGUCUCAGCAGAAAUUCAAAAGCUCAAAGUCCAAGAUUUGGCUGAGGGUCAUGAAUAUUUCAUCAGAAUAUUCGCCAAAAAUGAAAUUGGAUUCAGUGAUCCUCUGGAGAAUGACGAUCCUUUCAAGGUUGUGAGACCCGCUGAUUACACGGAGGAAGAACUUCAAGCCGAAUCCAAGCGCGAUGAAACGCCUUCGUUGAGUUUCAGUACAACAGAAAUGAGCUCUUGGAUGCGAGAGGCAAAUAUGGACGCCGACAUCAAGUCCUACACCACGUCGUCGGUCUUGAGGCGGGAUGAGUACUUCUUCCGGAUAUGGUACUAUGCCAAGAAGAUCUUCAAGUAGAUGAAGAAUACUAGACGCCCUUUUUUUGUUUGAGGAGCUCAGCGUUCAUGGACAGCGGGCACCCAAAAACUGUGAUCUAUUUUUGCUACAGUCACAAACCAAAAAUACCCUANAAUAUGGACGCCGACAUCAAG